GCCUAAAUUUGAGAAGUCAUUGGUAUCAGAUUGUUCAUGCCUCAUAUGAGUUAUUGAGAAUAAGAGAUAAAGAGAAUAAGAGAAGUUGUAUAUCCUGUCAUAGCUGACGUAUAUUGUCAACGUACAAUUGCACUUUGAGGUUCACCUGUUACACCUAAGGGGGAUGGGAUCCCUUAAAAACAAAGGGUUUGCCGUCGGUUUGAGCCUGGGACAUCACAAUGUGGCGUACGAAAAAACCGACUAGUAUAGGCUAAGUUGUUGCGCGAUAGGAAUUCGGCUGGGUUUAGUCGAAGAAAUGUGACCACUAAAUUAAAUAAAUAAUCAUGGAUAUUGAAUUUGAUCAUGAAUGUGCUGAAUAUAAUCCAACAAAAAAUUAAAUAUACAUUGGAAUUGAGCAGCAAAUGAUGCUUAAUGUUGACAAAAAGAAGCAAGAUAAAGAAUGGAAGCGUGCAUUAAAAUAAUGGCAAAAGCACAAUUUGGGUAAAAUUCGCGAUUCAGACAAACUGACGAUGAAGUUAAGGGACAAUAACAGAGACUAUGUAAAUAUAAUAUAUAUAAAUAUAAGAUAAAUAUAAAUGUAAAUGACUAUGAAAGAUGUAAGCGACAUAUUAGAUAAGGGCUCAUGGAUCUUAAAGAGGUGAACAGAGAAAGGCGCACUGCGCAUUUAAUGAUGGUGAUGGUGACGGACGUUGGAACGGGAUCAGGUGGCAUGUGACGUUGAGGGCAUCAAGGAGCCCAUGAUGAAAAGAAGAUGGAGCUGAGAAAAGUUGUAUUUGAUAUGUGGACGCGAGUGAAGGACCACAAAAAUGGGAAAUGAUGCACGUCGAAUACGCACACACGCACGCGCCCUGAAUCACAUAUGCAGUUUUACCCUUGGUCGGAAGAGAAGCGGUAUGGGGACAACAAGUGUUUUAACAUACAUUGACGCCACUGAUGUUCUAAGCGAGGAUGGCCAAGGUGAAGCAGGUGGGUUUGCUGGCAGCAGGCUGUCAGCCCUGGAAUAACGACGUAUGUGCUGCAAGUGGAGACCGCUUCGCCUACUGUGCUACUCUUGCCAUCUAUGUUUACCAGUUAGACCAGCAAUACAAUGAAUUCAAGUUGAGGUCCAUCAUGUCAGAACAUAAAAAGACGAUUACAGCCAUCAGUUGGUGUCCUGAUAACCCUGAUCUGUUUGCGUCAGCCUCAGUUGAUAACCUGCUCAUUGUGUGGAAUGUAGCUGAACAAAAGGCUAUAGCACGACUGGACAACACUAAAGGUGUCCCUGCUACAGUCAGUUGGUGCUGGAACUCAGCUGAUGGAGUGGCAUUUGUCUCUCAGCGUGGCCCAUUGUAUAUAUGGGUCUAUGAUAAUUCUGACUCUGGAGUGACAGUGCAUAAAGAGGCCCACUCUUUCCUGUCUGAUAUUUGUCUCUUCAGAUGGCACCCCACCAAAAAGGGAAAAGUGAUAUUUGGACAUACUGAUGGAAGUUUGUCCAUUUUUCAGCCAGGGUGUAAGAGUCAAAAGCAUGUGUUGCGUCCUGAGUCUUUGGAGGGGACGGAUGAAGAGGAUCCAACCAGUGCUCUGGAAUGGGACCCUUUGUCAAAAGACUACUUAUUAGUGUCCAACCUCAAUAAUGGCAUCAGACUAGUGGACAGUGAGGCCUUGGCUUGUAUUACAUCCUUCUGCUUCCCCUCAGCUGCUGCAUCAGUUCAAUGCCUUGCAUGGAUUCCUUCUGCCCCGGGCAUGUUCAUCACUGGAGAUUCCCAGGUUGGUGUAUUGAGGAUAUGGAAUGUGUCUCGCUCGACUCCUUUGGACAGCUUUAAACUAAAGAAGACUGGCUUUCAUGCUUUACAUGUCCUCAACUCUCCCCUUGCAAAGAAAGCUCACAGUUCCUGUUCUUCUGGUAAAAGUCAGCACACCAGCUCUACUAGUGAGGCAGUACCCCCUCCAACCCUGUCACACAACCAGACCUUCUCCUUACCUCUUGGUCAUGCAGUGUGUUGUUUCAUGGAUGGAGGGGUAGGACUUUAUGACAUGGGCGCUAAGAAGUGGGACUUCCUCCGAGAUCUGGGCCAUGUUGAGACCAUCUUUGACUGCAAGUUUAAGCCCGAUGACCCUAACUUGUUGGCCACAGCUAGUUUUGAUGGAACCAUCAAAAUCUGGGACACAAACACACUGACGGCAGUGCACACAUCUCCUGGAAAUGAAGGAGUCAUUUACUCUUUGUCGUGGGCUCCAGGUGACCUAAACUGCAUUGCAGGAGCAACAUCUCGCAAUGGAGCUUUCAUUUGGGACAUUAGAAAAGGAAAGAUAAUCACACGCUUUAAUGAGCAUGGUAAAAACGGUAUAUUUUGUAUAUCCUGGAGUCACAAAGAUUCAAAACGAAUUGCAACCUGUAGUGGUGAUGGAUUCUGCAUCAUUCGGACCAUUGAUAGCAAAAUCCUCCAUAAAUACAAACAUCCUGCUGCAGUUUUUGGCUGUGACUGGAGUCAAAACAACAAGGAUAUGAUUGCUACUGGGUGUGAGGAUAAGAAUGUUCGCGUGUAUUACUUAGCCACCAGCUCGGACCAGCCACUCAAAAUCUUCACUGGACACGUCGCGAAAGUAUUUCAUGUCCGCUGGUCUCCUCUUAGGGAGGGCAUAUUGUGUUCUGGAUCAGAUGAUGGUACUGUUCGUAUAUGGGACUAUACACAGGAUGCGUGCAUCAAUGUGUUGAGUGGCCACACAGCACCAGUCAGAGGCCUGAUGUGGAACACAGAGGUUCCAUACCUCCUAAUUUCAGGCUCUUGGGAUUAUACAAUCAGAGUUUGGGACACAAGAGAUGGCAACUGCCUGGACACAGUCUAUGACCAUGGUGCUGAUGUUUAUGGUUUAACAUGUCAUCAAAAUCGUCCUUUUACUAUGGCAAGUUGUAGCAGAGACAGUACAGUGAGGCUCUGGUCUCUGACACCCUUCAUCUCUCCUCUGCUUCUAAACAUCCUCACCAACCAACCCUGGGAAAAGAUAAUUGGAAACACAGAUAAAGCAAUGGUUCCCAAUUCUCCACCAUUGCUAUGUGGUAAAGUGUCAAGAGACAUCAAACUGGAGCUGGAGAAACUAAACUCUGACAGCACAGCCAAGAAGCUACGUUGGUUCUCUGAAUGCUGUUCGCAUCCAGGGGGAAGCAGCAAUCUGUGGGAUUUGGUAUCAAUCAUUAAUGGGCAGGACGAUUCACUGCUACCAGCCAGCUACAGCAAGGGCGUAAUGCACAUGAAACACCUGCUAAAAUUUAAAACGUCUGAAGCCCAAGAAUUAACCAUUGUUAAGAUGUCUAAAUUUGGUGGUGGUAUUGGUGCUCCCAGUAAAGAAGAGCGCCUUAAAGAAGCAGGAGAUAUCCAUCUGAGGCUGGGACAGAUUCAACGAUACUGUGAAUUGAUGGUGGAACUUGGACAGUGGGAGAAAGCAUUAGCUGUAGCACCAGGAGUAUCCAUGAAGUACUGGAAAACACUGAUGCAAAGGAGAGCUGAUCAGCUGAUGGUGGAGGAUAACGAUGAUGCAAUUCCUUACUGCAUUGCCACAGGAGACAUAAAAAAACUCGUAACAUUCUUCACUGGCAGAGGACAACUGCUUGAGGCCUUACUAAUUGCACAGGGGGCAUGUGAGGGAAACAUCUGUACACCUCAAAUCCCUAUCAACCACAAGACAAAUGAUGUGGAUAACAGACAUCAAUACCAAAGCCUUCUUCAUAAUGUAUGUGGACAGUUGGCGGAAUGGUACUUUCAGGACGGUCGCGCUAUUCUGGCCUCGUGCUGCUACCUAGCGGUUGAUAACGUUCAGUUCGCCAUAUCUAGUCUGAUCAGAGGCAAUGAGCUGGAGUUGGCUGCAUGUGUGGGUAUAGUCCUUGGAGAGACCGCCUCUUGGAGUACAGCCUACUGUCUGGAACUCCUGGCCAGGAAGUAUAUGACCCCACUGACAUGGGACCUCUCUGUUGACCUAAUUAGAAUGAUUCCAGAGAACCAUAUUUUACUGGCUAAGGUCUGUGCAUUUUACACUGGAAGUACUGAAGAAAUCAACCAAUUUCACAAAAGGUGUUGUCUCCCCUCUUUAGAGGAAUGCAGAGCCUUGGCAGAACAAUCCAUGUGUGAAGGAGAUCUGUUUUCAGCAGUUAAAUUUCACCUACUGACAUCUGAACCUGAGAACGCCCUUAAGAUUGCAAUCGAUCAUGUCAAAGAACAGCUAACUGGAUCUGACUGGACAGUGGACAGUAUUCAUCCAAUCCUUGACCUGUUGAGUUAUGUCAGAACUGACCGCCUCCUCAUGGCCAACUUCACCAGAGCCCGCAGUGAGCUGUUAAUCCUGUGUGGUUACAUCGGCAGUCUUCUUGCCAUAAGGAGACAAUACUCCAGUAUUGUACCAGCACUCUAUGAAUAUACCAGUCAGUUGUUGAAGCGGAGAGAAGUGAGCGUUCCCCUGAAGAUUGAGCAGAUGUCAAUGGAACUGGAUGCCUGGCGGGGUUGUACUCUGAGUAGCAGCAACCCUCCAUCAGAGAGUCAGAAGGAAGUUUUCCGCUGCCUUGAAAAACGAAUGCUUAAUGUCAACUCUGUCUCAUGUGGUGCUGAUUAUGUGACAGGGUCCAAUCUGCCAAGUCACUCUGAUGUUCAGCUUUCCUGUUUUACUGGUCACAGAAUACAGGGUCCAGUAUUUUUUCUUGAAGAUGGGAAAUCAACAAUUUCCCUGAAUGAUGCUCUCAUGUGGGCAAAAGUCAACCCCUUCUCCCCACUAGGGACAGGGAUUCGGAUAAACCCCUUCUAACACCUGCCUGUGUACACAUAGACAUACACAUAGAACUCAUACAGAACAAAAAUGUUACGUUUGUCUAGGAAGAGCUAUUGGAGCCAAUAAUGGUGGUAAAGUCCUCUAAACAAUGCAUUUGCGGACAAGGACAAUAAUUAAAAGUUCCCAUUUUGUACAUUUAGUGACUGUGUCAGAGUCAUAGUGAGCUACUGAUGGUGGGUCAUCUACUUAUUGUUUGUGUAUUGUAUGCCUCUGACUUAGUUUACUUCAUCAUUGUAAAGAAAACAAAAACAGUAGAU